GAAUAAAUAAACAAGAAUUUAACUUGUAGUCAGCCAAUUGCUAAAAAAACAAAUAUUCCCCAAAUGAGUAUUAAAGAGUUGACUAUGUAUGUGAUGACCUUAGUUCGACUUAUGUUGUGCGCUGAGAACGUUGUCCGAAAAUGCAGAAAGUAACUUUUGUGCGUAUUCUGAACAUUUUAUUAGUGUUUGGUUUAGUUUCAAUAAUACUCAUGUUUAUAUAUCACAACUUUAUUAAGCCACAUGUUAAUUGUAAGCCCACCAUCACAACGGCAAUCGGUUACGCAGCUUCCAAGAUUUGCUCUGGUGCACUAAUAUUUGAAGAAAAUUUCGAUAAAUUGGACAAGCAUAAAUGGCGACCUCAAGUGACACUAUCGACGCAUGGUGCGAACGGAGAUUUCCAAUUAUAUGUAGCCGGUGAUAAAAACAGUUUUGCCACAGAUGGACAUUUGAACAUCAAACCAACAUUAACCGCUCAAAAAAUCGGCUAUGACAAAGUUGAAAAUGGUUCUAUUCAUUUGAACGAUUGUACCGAUGCAAAUAAGUCAAAUUGUGAGCGAAAAACUGACGGAAAUUCUAUCAUUAAUCCCAUUCGAAGUGCACGCUUACAUACAAAAAGUUCAUUUGCAUUCAAAUACGGUCGAGUGGAGGUGAUUGCAAAAAUGCCCAUUGGCGAUUGGUUAUGGCCCGCUAUUUGGCUUUUGCCAUUACAAUGGAAAUAUGGUAAAGGGCGCCGAUCUGGUGAAAUUGACCUGGUGCAAUCACGCGGCAAUGUUGAUUAUAUCGAUUCAAAUGGCAAUCAAAUCGGUGUCAAACGUGUUACCUCAACACUACAUUUUGGUCCAAAAUCAAAUAUGGACGGUUGGCCAAGUUCAACGUAUUCCAGGAAAAAUCCAGAUGGUUUUAAUCAUGUUUUUCAUCGAUAUGAGUGUCUUUGGAAUGAUAAAGGUAUUAAAUUUUUCGUCGACAACAUUGAAAUUGGAUACACUGCAGCUGGCAACGGUGGUUUUUGGGAAAUUGGACAAUUUCAUGGCGAUAACAUUUGGGCGAAUGGUACAAAAAUGGCGCCGUUUGAUGAAGAGGUAAACAUUUGAGUACAAAUAAUUGUGGUCUAAAUGUCGACCAAUCCGCAAUUAUCAAAA